AUGUCUGAUGAAGAGGGCGGCAAUACAAGAUGCUGCGCCCCGUUCCUCGCUCUCACAGAGCCCAUCGAAGUCAGCGAACUAGGACCAGAUGGCCUCGACAAAUCAUCCGCGUUUUUCCAAUGGCCCUGGCCCAGUCCCCUCUUGUUCAUCAACGAAAGUAGCGAUGCGCGGGAUCACUGCGCCAACGAGCGAACUUUCCUUUCGUACCUCCGCCUGUCGAUAUACAUGGCCAUCGUCUCUGUCGCCAUCACCGUCUCGUUCCACAUCAAGGGUACGCCUAGCGAUCUCGAGCGCCGGGUGGCAAAGCCCCUUGGGGGCAUUUUCUGGGUAUUGUCCGUUGUGACUUUGGCUCUAGGAGCGGGAAAUUAUAUUAGGACUGUCAAUUUAUAUGGUAAAAGAGCCGCCAUUGUGCAAUCUGGCUGGAAGACUCAGGUGGUGUUGGGUAUAAUAGCUACUUCAAUCAUUGGAACGUGCAUCAUAUUGUUAGCCGUCGAUAAAGUACGGCAAAGGUGA